AUGGAUGAAGUUAUUGAAACGCCGCGAGCAAUCAAUGAUGUUGGCGAGGAAGUCGGUUCGGCUGGUUUCACUCAGAAAAGGGCGGGAGAUUUGCGGGAGAAAUGGAGUAAUAAGUUGGAUUUCUUACUCGCGCUGAUUGGGUUCUCCGUCGGCCUUGGCAAUGUGUGGAGGUUUCCGUACUUGUGUUAUAAAAACGGAGGAGGUGCGUUCCUUAUCCCGUACCUGAUAUGUCUGGUUGUUGGAGGUGUACCUCUACUUCUCUUGGAGCUAGGACUGGGUCAAUUUAUGGCCCAGGGAGGCAUUGGCAUCUGGAAAAUCUCCCCACUCUUCAAGGGUAUUGGGAUAGCCAGCGUUAUCCUUGUAACUUUUACAAACAUGUACUACAACGUGAUCCUAGCUUGGUCUCUUUACUACUUGUUCAUGUCCUUCGCUGCUGUGGUGCCAUGGUCCCACUGUAACAAUCCAUUCAACACAGAUCUCUGUAAAGAUCCAACUGGGUAUGGUGUACAGGGAACUGACCUCUGGAGAUGUGACCAUACCUGGAAUAAUGAAACUGUUCCAUCUGUAGUAUUUGUAACGAACUUGACAAGCAACGGCACCGGGGCUGACUUGGACUGUUCGGUGUUUGAGGACGUCAAGAGAACGAGCUCAGUAACAGAGUUUUGGGAGCGAAAGAUUUUACAGAUUCAUCUGUCCGACGGCUUACAUGACAUUGGUUCAAUAAACUGGGAGCUAUCACUAUGCUUGGUCUUAGCAUGGACUGUUGUUUAUAUGUGUGUCUUCAAAGGGGUUAAAAGCUCUGGCAAGGUGGUUUAUUUCACUGCAACGUUCCCGUACGUUCUGAUCACCAUUCUGUUGAUCAGAGCAGUUACUUUGGAAAACGCCUCUGAAGGGUUGGUAUAUUACCUAAAACCUAACAUGACUAGGCUACAAGAUGGACAGACGUGGCUAGAUGCAGCAACUCAGGUUAUGUUUUCUUACUCUCUGGGGCUUGGCAACAUGGCUGCCUUGGGAAGUUACAACACUUUCAACCACAACUUUUUCAGGGAUGGCAUCUUCUUUGCAUUGGCAAAUAGUGGCACCAGUCUGUACUCGGGCUUCGUGAUUUUCGCAGUGCUUGGAUUCAUGGCUGGUAAACACAACAGCACUGUGGCGGAUGUAGUCAAAUCAGGUCCUGGUCUCGUCUUUAUGGCCUAUCCAGAAGCUAUUGCACAGAUGCCAUUUUCACCCUUGUGGGCCAUCUUAUUCUUCUUCAUGAUACUUCUGCUCGGAAUAGACAGUCAGUUUGUUGGUGUAGAGGGUAUGGUCGCUGGUCUUCUUGACUUCUUGCCUCGUUUUCAAAAAGGAAAUCGUCGGCCAUUGUUUGUACUUGCUGUGUGUGCAUCAUUAUGCAUAGCCGGUCUUCCAAUGACUUUCAAUGGAGGCAUGUAUAUCUUUCAAAUGAUUGACACGUAUGCUGUCAGCUGGUUUGCAAUACUAUGGGCAACAUUCUUCGAAGCUGUUGUUAUAGGAUGGGUGUAUGGAGCCGAGCGAUUUUAUCAGAAUUUAGAAGACAUGUUAGGCUGGCGCCCGAACCCUUAUUUGAAAAUAUGCUGGAAGUUCGUGACACCUGUGUUCACCAUGGGCGUGCUCAUCUUCAGUGUAGUUUCUUACAAGCCUUUGAAGUACAACCAUUAUGAAUACCCAUCAUGGGGUCAGGCACUAGGAUGGUUGAUGGCAUCCGCCUCUAUGAUGCAAAUCCCAAUCUUUAUUGCGUAUCAGAUGGUAACCACAAAAGGAACAUUACGUGAGCGAUGGGUUUUACUGACCACACCUCGCCAGUCUUACGAAGAGGUUCCUAUACCGACCCAGUCUAUUGAAAUGUCUAGUACAAAUCAACUGCAUUGUACUAAUGGGAAGUCCAGCGCUCCAGACAAAGAUGUCUAA